CCUAAGAGUCAUAAAUAUCAUAUCACAUAGAUUGCCUUUCUCUGCAAAGUCUUGUCAUCAUUGCUCAAACUAUCAUUGUCCACCAUAAAUUACGAUCAAACAAAAUGAGUUCCGACGAGCUACUGACGAAAUUCGACGAUUUAGUGAAGCGAUUUAAAGAGGAAUUUCACGAAAUUGUCGAAGGCGAACGAGCAAAGUUGAAGGCGAAAGUCGAAGCAUACAACGCUGAGAAGAAGAGAAUGAACGCUGUUGUUGUUCGUGAUGAUGAUAUUAUUAAUUUAAACGUCGGUGGGAAAAAAUUCACCACAACAAGGUCGACUCUGUGCCAAGUUAAAGAUUCCUUACUCGCCUCAAUGUUUAGCGGUCGUUGGGAAGAUAGCGUGCCUCGUGACCAAGAUGGCGCUGUCUUCUUUGAUCAUAAUCCCAAAUAUUUUGGUUUAAUUUUGGAUUAUCUUCGCGCAAAGAAAGUCGCUACUCCGGAGAAUCCAGCACCAUUGCCCGAUGUCCCUGAUGAUCAAGUUAAGAAUUUCCAAAACCUCGUCGGGUAUCUUGGCUUGAGUGAGGAAAUUGUUCCGGCUAAAAUUGUAUUAACGGACAAAUUUAAUUUACGAAGCCCAGAGAUUACUCUUCAAGAAGAGGGGAGAGUCGCAGUCCAUGAUUCAAAUAGUGGACAUAAAUAUGUUUUAGGUGAAAAUACUUACCAACAGGGCAUCGUGCGAUUCAAGUUGAAUUUAGAAUCCUUUAAAUAUAACAAUUGGAUCUUGGUUGGCGUAUUGGAAGCGGGUGUUGUACCACAGUCACAGAGUAAUCAUAACAAUUCAUUUUUAUGGUCUGGUUGUAAUGGAUGGGGACUCGGGACAGAUAGUUAUGCUGGAGUGUUUAAAAAUGGGUCAAGGUCAAAAGAAAAUAAUUUACAAAAUCUGACAAAACAAGGUGACAACGUCGAGGUAAUCUUGAAUUGUGACGAAAGCAAACUAUCGCUGCACUUACCCACUGCUCAUCAAUUCCACAUGAACAUACCCAAGUCUAAAAGCUGGAGACUUCAUGUUAAUUUGCACGGUGCAAACGAGAAAAUCCGCAUCGUCGAAGUUGUGCAAGGUUAAAAAAUACCAAAAGUACAGUUUGACACUUUUCGGCGCAGAGACAAGCUAAAAUGUAUAUAUAUAUAUUUUUAUUCAUUAACAAUCUUUAUAAUUGAAACUACAUUUAGCAUAUGCAUUUGUUAUAUAUAAACAUACUUUGCAUGAGUAAAACCUAAGUAAGUAAUAUUUGUUUCUUUAAUUAAUGCACGUGUUUCCUCUGCUCGUGCAACCAUCGCGAGUUUUG